AUGAAGCAGGAGAUUCUGUGGAGGUUGACGUGGUUCACGUCGGCCGAUUUCUCGUUUUACAUAAUUAACUAUUUUGAUACAAUUUUCCCAAACAUUGUACAUUGUCAUGAAGUUGCAGAGGUCACUGUUGCAGGAACCAGCACUAAUGACGGUUGUCCCAACAUCGUAACGAGAUCUCAGUGGGGAGCAACAGCACCGACAUCCAGAAGUUUUCUACACGGCGCGGUCAAGUAUGCUUUCAUCCAUCAUGGCGCUAGUGCCGCGUGUCACACAGAGACUGAGUGUGCCGCCAUUGUCAGAGGGUACCAGCGAUACCACAUGGACGGACAUCACUGGAACGACAUUGGCUACAGUUUUGUCAUCGGCGAAGACGGCAACGCCUACGAAGGUCGUGGCUGGGACGCAGUGGGUGCUCACACUCAAGGCUACAACUCAGUGGGUCUUGGUUUCUGUGUGAUCGGCAACUAUAUGGAACGCCUCCCCAACUCCAAGGCCCUGGACACGGUCCAGAAGUUGAUAGCCUGUGGGGUGGCUAAAGGAAAGAUCCAGACCAACUAUAUUCUCAGGGGACACCGAGACAUGGGCAGCACAGCAUGUCCAGGGACCAAACUGUAUGCCCUCAUCAAGACGUGGCCUCAUUACUAACAAUGAACAAACUGGGAGGCUAAAUCACGCUAUUUGUGAAUAAACUUUUUCU